AUGUCACCCACGUCAACAACCCACGAUGCCAUCGAGGUUCCCGCCACGAGGUCUCCCCAUGCCGAUGCCUCCAAGUACAUGCACAACCUGUCUCUCUCCCCCUCAAUGAGAGAUAGGAGGGCUUCUCGAAACUCAUUUGGCGCCUCCCUCCCCAUUCCCCGCUCCAAGCGACAGUCCCGCCUCAGCUCAGUUCACUAUCCCGAUCGAGAUGCCAUCAUGGGCAAGGGGGUUAUCCCCCCCCAGAAGACUCGAGAUAUCCUGGCUGCUCAGGUCCAGGACAUUUCUGCAGACAAGGCAAAGAAAGCCAAGAACAUGGCGUUCGUCUUUGACAUUGACGGUGUCCUGGUGCAUGGCGAUCGACUGAUUCCAGAGGGAAAGAGGGCGCUGGAAAUCUUGAACGGCGACAACGAACUCGGCAUCAAGAUUCCACACAUCUUCCUGACCAACGGAUCUGGCAAGCCGGAGCUGGCCCGCACGGAGCAGCUGUCCAAGAUCCUUCAGAACCCCGUGAGCACAGAACAGUUCAUCCAGUCUCACACACCAAUGCGAGCACUCGCCGAAUACUACAACACGGUGCUUGUCGUCGGCGGUGAGGGUUACCGCUGCCGCGAGGUGGCGGAGCAGUACGGAUUCCGCGACAUCGUCGUGCCCAACGACAUUGUGGCCUGGGACCCCACGAUCGCGCCGUAUCGCGUCUUCACGGAGGAAGAACGCGCCAGUUCGCGGCCCCGCGACUUCUCCAAGACGAACAUUGAGGCUAUUCUCGUCUUUUCCGACUCGCGUGACUACGCUACCGACAUGCAAAUCAUUGUCGAUCUGCUACGAUCCGAGAACGGCAGACUGCUCACUGUAGCCAAGGACCCCGUUUCUCAGAGGAUCCCCAUCUACUUUUCUCAGGGUGAUAUGCUGUGUCCCACAGAGCACCCCAUUCCGCGUAUGAGCCAAGGCGCGUUCCGAAUCGGCCUUGAAGCGAUGUACAAAGCGCUCACCGGCGUUGAUCUCGAGCGUGUUGUCUACGGAAAGCCCGAGAUGGCGACGUACAAGUACGCCGACGAGGUGCUGGCGUCCUGGAUGGAGCAGCUUCACGGCGAGGAGCGCAUUCCCGACAACAUCUACAUGGUUGGCGACAACCCGGCCUCAGACAUCAUCGGAGGCAACAUGUAUGGCUGGAACACUUGCCUGGUACGCACCGGUGUUUUCCAGGGUGGUGAUAACGAUGAGGCCAACCCGGCCAACUUUGGCGUCUUUGCCAAUGUCCUCGAGGCUGUCAAAGCCGCAUGCCGGAAAGAACUCGGAGAGUCUUUUGGAUUUGAAUGGGAUGAUCGUGUCAACCCCGUGCUUCACGGUGAGAAGCAUGUUGCGUCGGCGAUUGAGUAA